AAGAAAAAUGGGGAGAGCCCGGGACAGCCGGAGCGACCGGGCCGGAGGGGCGGGGGGGAGACACAUUCCUAUAGUAACAGGGAUGGCGUGAUACAGUCCCAGCUGGUUGCUAAGAGGGUUAAACUGUAUCCAAACAGCUUUGGGGAAAUCCAGCCCCUUCUCCUGCCACAUGGAUCGACUCAUUGGGUGGGAGCUGCAGAGAGACAAGGGUCUCCAGCAAAUCAGCGCCUAAUUGAUUAAGGCGAGCUGGUUUGAAUAGAGCUGGCCAUGUGCCAAUCGCCUUUCAAAGAGCCCCUCUAUGAUUAAUCGCAAUGCAUUAUUGAUAAUCAUAAUUAUAGCAGGACACAUGCGCGUAAUUUUUUAUUCUGCCCCAGCUGAUGUUUGAGCCAGCAUGUCGCGGAGGAAGCAGGCGAAGCCUCAGCAUUUCCAGUCCGACCCCGAUCUGGCCUUAUUACCCCAGCGAAAUGUGGAAGGCAAUGUAGACUGCAGGCAGCCUUCAAUUUUAAGAUCUGUUUUUUAUAAAGAGACACAGAAAAGGGUCAAGCAAAUCGAACCACUAAGAACAAGGACGCCCAUGUCUGUGGCAGGUGCUGUGCUGAGUUCUUUGAAUUAUCAGAUCUCCUGCAACACAAGAAGAACUGUACUAAAAAUCAAUUAGUUUUAAUUGUGAAUGAAAAUCCAGCUUCUCCUUCUGAAACCUUCCCUCCUAGUUCCCCUUCUGAUAAUCCUGAUGAACAGAUGAAUGACACAGUUAAUAACACAGAUCAAGUAGACUGCAGUGACCUUUCAGAGCAUAACAAACUUGACAAGGAAGAAUCCAUGGAUGUGGAGGCUUCCAGCAUUAACAAUAGCAGUAGCAGUUCCAAGAGCAUCAACAAUAGUAUUACAAGCAGUAACAGCUCCACAAUGGGUACCUCAGCUGUAACAACCUCUCUACCUCAAAUAGGGGAUCUGACAACAUUAGGCAACUUUUCGGUGAUAAAUAGCAAUGUAAUAAUCGAAAACCUUCAAAGUACUAAAGUGGCAGUAGCACAGUUCUCACAAGAAGCAAGAUGUAAUGGUGCAUCAAAUAAUAAGGUUGCUGUACCUGCCCUAAUGGAGCAACUGUUGGCUUUACAGCAACAACAGAUCCACCAGUUGCAACUGAUUGAACAAAUUCGUCACCAAAUAUUAUUGUUGGCCUCCCAAAACACAGACAUGCCAACAUCUUCUAGUCCUUCUCAAGGUACAUUACGAACAUCUGCCAACCCCUUAUCCACAUUAAGUUCACAUUUAUCCCAGCAGCUGGCUGCAGCAGCUGGAUUAGCACAAAGCCUUGCUAGUCAAUCUGCCAGCAUCAGUGGUGUAAAACAACUACCCCCUAUACAGCUACCUCAGAGCAACCCUGGCAACACUAUAAUUCCAUCCAGUAGUGGCUCUUCUCCAAAUAUUAACAUAUUGGCAGCAGCAGUUACAACACCGUCCUCAGAAAAAGUGGCUUCAAGUAUUGGUGGCUCACAGCUCAACAACCCACCAGUAUCAGCAUCAUCUUCACCAGCUUUUGCAAUAAGCAGUUUAUUAAGUCCUGCAUCUAAUCCACUUCUACCUCAGCCCACCCCUAGUAACUCUGUUUUCUCCACCCCUUUGUCCAAUAUUGGAACACCUGCAGAGGAUUUAAACUCCUUGACUGCCUUGGCACAGCAAAGAAAAAGCAAGCCACCAAAUGUAACUGCUUUUGAAGCAAAAAGUACUUCAGAUGAGGCAUUCUUUAAACAUAAAUGCAGGUUCUGUGCUAAAGUGUUUGGGAGUGACAGUGCCUUGCAGAUUCACUUACGUUCUCACACCGGCGAGAGGCCAUUCAAAUGCAACAUAUGUGGAAACCGGUUCUCCACCAAGGGAAACUUAAAAGUCCAUUUUCAGCGUCAUAAAGAAAAAUACCCUCAUAUUCAAAUGAAUCCAUACCCUGUGCCAGAGCAUUUGGACAAUAUUCCUACAAGCACAGGUAUUCCUUAUGGAAUGUCUAUACCACCUGAGAAACCUGUAACCAGCUGGCUGGACAGCAAGCCAGUCUUGUCGACUCUGACAACUUCUGUUGGCCUGCCACUCCCACCAACAAUUCCAAGUUUGACGCCAUUUAUCAAAACUGAGGAGCCUCAACCUAUUCCCAUUAGCCAUCCUUCGGCUAGCCCUCCGUGUUCUGUCAAAAGUGACUCGGGAGGAGCUGAUUCUGCCACAAGAAAUUCAAAUGGACUUUCAGAUGAGGUAGAGGCUGGUGGUUUGCCUAACUCACACAGCAAAACAGAAGAAAGCACUCAAAAUUCAAACUCUAUCACUAACGCUAACAACUCGGUGAGCUCUCCGGCAGCAGACUCUGGCUCCAGCAGUGCCGUCACUUUCACAAAUCCACUGAUGCCUCUAAUGUCAGAGCAAUUUAAAGCAAAGUUUCCAUUUGGAGGACUGUUAGAUUCAACACCGGCAUCAGAAACGUCAAAAUUGCAGCAACUGGUAGAAAAUAUUGAUAAAAAGGCAACCGACCCCAAUGAGUGCAUUAUUUGCCAUCGAGUUCUCAGUUGCCAGAGUGCAUUAAAAAUGCAUUAUCGCACACAUACUGGUGAAAGGCCAUUUAAAUGUAAAAUCUGUGGUCGUGCAUUCACUACUAAAGGAAAUCUAAAAACUCAUUAUAGUGUUCAUCGUGCCAUGCCCCCAUUGAGAGUACAACAUUCAUGUCCGAUCUGCCAGAAAAAGUUCACCAAUGCUGUUGUGUUGCAGCAGCAUAUUAGAAUGCAUAUGGGAGGACAGAUUCCCAAUACCCCCAUCACUGAAAACUAUCCUGAGUCAAUGGAAUCUGAUACUGGAUCUUUUGAUGAGAAGAAUUUUGAUGAUCUAGACAACUUCUCAGAUGAGAACAUGGAAGACUGUCCUGACAGCAGCGUGCCAGAUACACCUAAAUCUGUUGAUGCAUCACAAGACAGUUUAUCUUCUUCACCUCUCCCACUGGAAAUGUCAAGUAUUGCUGCUUUGGAAAAUCAAAUGAAAAUGAUCAAUGCCGGACUUGCUGAGCAACUUCAAGCAAGCUUAAAGUCGGUUGAAAAUGGGUCAGUGGAGGGGGAUGUUAUGACUAAUGAUUCAUCAUCUGUUGGUGGUGAUAUGGAGAGCCAAAGUGCUGGAAGUCCUGCUGUCUCAGAGUCUACCUCUUCUAUGCAGGCCUUGUCCCCAUCCAACAGCACAAAUGAUUACCACAAAUCACCUAGUAUUGAAGAGAAACAAGUAAGAGCUUUACCAAGUGAGUUUGCCAAUGGUUUGUCUCCAGCCCCAGCUAAUGGUGGUGCUUUGGAUUUGACAUCUAGUAACACAGAUAAAAUGAUUAAAGAAGAGUCUCUGAGUAUGCUGUUUCCUUUCAGAGAUAGAGGUAAAUUUAAAAAUACAGCAUGUGACAUUUGUGGCAAAACAUUUGCUUGUCAGAGUGCCUUGGACAUUCAUUACAGAAGUCAUACCAAAGAGAGACCAUUUAUUUGCACAGUUUGCAAUCGUGGCUUUUCCACAAAGGGUAAUUUAAAGCAGCAUAUGUUGACACAUCAAAUGCGAGAUCUACCAUCACAACUUUUUGAACCCAAUUCCAAUAUUGGCCCUAAUCAGAACUCUUCCGUUAUGCCUGCUAAUUCACUGUCAUCACUCAUAAAGACUGAAGUUAAUGGCUUUGUGCAUGGCUCGUCUCAGGAUAGUAAAGAAGCACCCCCUGGUCUGGUUCCUUCAGGGCCUCUGCCAUCUUCUGCCACAUCACCGGUUCUGCUUCCAACUCUACCCAGAAGAACUCCCAAACAGCACUACUGCAACACAUGUGGGAAAACCUUUUCUUCCUCCAGUGCUUUGCAGAUUCAUGAAAGGACACACACAGGUGAAAAGCCUUUUGCCUGCACUAUAUGUGGAAGAGCUUUCACAACAAAGGGCAAUCUCAAGGUUCACAUGGGCACUCAUAUGUGGAACAGCACUCCUGCCAGGCGAGGCAGACGACUUUCUGUGGAUGGUCCCAUGACAUUUCUAGGAGGCAAUCCUGUAAAAUUCCCAGAAAUGUUUCAGAAAGAUUUGGCUGCAAGGUCAGGAAAUGGAGAUCCUUCCAGCUUCUGGAAUCAGUAUGCAGCUGCACUCUCCAAUGGCUUGGCUAUGAAGACCAAUGAGAUCUCAGUCAUUCAGAAUGGUGGCAUUCCUCCAAUUCCUGGAAGCCUGGGUAACGGUGGUAGUUCACCUAUUAGUGGCUUGACGGGAAGCCUGGAGAAGCUCCAGAAUUCAGAACCUAAUGCACCUCUAGCUGGUCUGGAGAAAAUGGCAAGCAAUGAAAAUGGGACAAACUUCUGUUUUACACGUUUUGUGGAAGACAACAAAGAAAUUGUAACAAAUUAGAACAAACCUUAAAAAGUAACAUUCCUGCAAAUAGUGCAACCUAGGGUUGUUUUUUUCAAGUCAACAAACUACAACAUUAUAAAGACCUUCUUUUGUACCAUGUUCUACUUCUAGAGUUCUAAGAGAGCUUAUUUAUUAGUGAUAUAACCUUGCUUUGCAAACAAAUGCAAGCAUUAACUUUGGUCUCUUGUAUUUUGAACUAAAUACUAAUCGACUAGAGUGCUGUAAACUUGCUGUAACAUUUAUGGCAGUUGCAAGUCUGUUCUGCUAGGUGAUCUUAUUCUGGCAUUAACUUAUUUUCUAUACCCAGUUUAACAUGAACUCUGGUAUUGAUGCAAUGCCUCAGUGAUGCAUUAGAUCUCUAAUAAAAGUCUGUAUAUAAAUGUACACUUUGAUCCUGCUGGAAAUUUUAUCAGCAAACACAAAGUUUAAUUUUCCAAACAGAAUUACGAAAAGGACUGAAAACCGAGAUUAUAAACUGAACAGCGUGGGUCCUUUACACAAGCUCAGUUUUUGAUUUUUAUUAUAAAAUUAAAACUGCUUUAAUUUUUGUAGAUUUAACAUUUUCCGUUUUGAACUGUUAUUUGUAUUGUGCUUUUUACUUGAGUCGUCUUAAAUGUUAAUACGUUUCUGUACAGUAAUAAGCACGCAGAUUAUUAGAGACGAUACAAAAGUGUUGUUUUGGUAGUUGAAACUGAGACGUAACAUUUUGCCUUGUAGGUAUAUUCAUUAUAGAAAGUGUGCUGGACUUUCACAAUGCUGCUAAGUAUAGCAUCUUAAACAACCUUCCAUGGACAACUGUAGAUGCUCCUGUAUAUACUAUAAGAAAUAUCACUUGCAUUAAAAUGUACAUAUGUUCCUUACAAGACCAAGCCCUACUUCUUGACUGAGGGAACAAGUAUAGUGUUUGUUUAUUUUGUAUUAGGCAUGGGGGGAGGGGGGAAAUCUUGGACUGUUACAUGCACUUUCCUGGAAAGUUGAAAGGAGAAGAAGUCCAGUUUCUUUAACAUUUAAUACUUACUAACAGCAGAGAUACUGUAAUUUUACUCGAGUAAUCAAAUACAUUUUUUGCAACAGAUAAAUGUUGUCUCUGUGUUUUUUAAAUUAGACUGUCCUCAGUAAUAUCUUUGAAUGUAUUUAACUUUUCUCUUGGGUAACAUGAACUAUCCAAGUAUGUGUAUAUAUAUGUUUAUAUUUGUAAAUAUGUGUGCGUGUGUCUGUAUUAAUGGAUAGUAUAUAUUUUUUCACAACUGUUAAGAAUGGGAGCUUUGUCCUUACCUGUUCAGUGAUAUCAACUACCCCAGUCAUCACAUCGGUGGCUAUUUUGGGAUUGUUUUAAUAUAUUAUAUAUAGGGCCAGCGAUGGCCUAAUGGAGACUUGGUAAGUUCUUUUUCAAGCAAAUGCACAUUGAUUUGAAGAUCUGAUUUCCAGUUCCAAAUGUUUUAUAUUUUGUAUUUACUUCAUAUGAUUUGUGGAAUGUUUGUGGUAUGUUAUGAUUUCACUCCAUAUGUUACGAGGUUUAUGACUCCAUUGUGAGAAAAAAUGGAACUUGCACAUUACAGGCAUGAUCCAACCUUUUUAUGCAACCCCAGUUAAAUCCAUUAACUUUGAGAACGUUGUAAAGAAUCAGAAUUGGACCCAAGGUUUUCAUAGAGGGGAGUUUUUUCCCCCCCAUCUCCUGCCCCUGCCUCCCACCCUCCCAAAAGACCCCCUCUCCCAAAUGAGAGAUCAAUUUGGCAGUGUUUAGAUUAUCCAGACUUAAAGCAAACAUUAUGUGUAUGUAUAUAUGUAUACAUAUGUAUAUAUGUGUUUAUAUAUUUUAUACUACUGAUAUUCAAGUAUUUUGAGGACUUAAUUUUUUUUUAAGACUAUGCACCUGCUAUCCUAUUUACUUCUGGUAUCUUCAAUUAGGGGUUGGGAAGAAUGUAAAUAUAAUACUGAGACAAAACCUGGAUGUUAUCUACUGUGCAAGAUCUAUUUUUAAAGGAAAUUUUAGAUCAAAACUGUAGUGGGGUACCUGGAUAUCUUUGAGGAGCUGGGACCUUAACAAUUUUUGUUUUCCUGUUUGUUUUUAUUGUUAAUCUAUAUAUAAAAAGUAAUUUUGGUCUAUAAUAUGCAUUUCUGUUAAUAUGUACUAGAACAGUACAGGCAGCCCAGUUUACAACAUGAGCAUUUGAGGAUAUUUAAAUCACUUUUGCCCUCAGGAAAAAGUAAACUAAACUUUAAUCAUAUUAUCAAAGAUACUAAAUAUGAAUCUUUUUAGAAUAACUUAAUUUUUGUG